UUAUAUUUUAUUUUGAAACAGAGUGAGACUUCCUGUCAAAGGAUCAGGCUCCGUGACGUCACGAUGAGUAAACUUUAUUUUUAUUUAUUUUUUAUUAUUUAUUGAUGACGUAUUGUUUCCUGACGUCACUCCCGCGUCGACGCUUUUAAAUAUCUGAGUUUAAAUGUUUGUUUUAAUUAAAAUAAUAAUAAUAAUAUAAAUUUAUAUUUCACCGGAACACAAACAAAACGACGAGUUCGACGUCACAUCCGACCAGGAAGCCGCCGACAGUCUCGUGCUGGUGGUUCAGAUCCAGAUCCAAGGUGAUCCAAGAUCCGGAUCCGGAUCCAAGACUCGAGACCAGGUGAUGCUGAGAGCGGUGACCGCGGGACUGAUCCGCGCCAUGCGGGUCUCCAAGACCCCGGGACCGGGACUAGGACCGGGACUAGGACCGGGCUGUGGACCGGGACCAGGUCUGGGUCUAGGACCGGGUCCUGGUCGGACUGUGAUCCGGCAACGCAGCAGCAGAUCCGGCAGGUCGACCAGCUGCAUCGUGGACCCGAACCUGCAGGAACCCCUGGUGGUCCUGGACCUCACAGAUCUGGAGGAGGAGCCCAGCCUCUCCUCUGCCCCGCCCCCUCCUCUCCAGGCCCCGCCUCCUCCUCUCCAGGCCCCGCCUCCCCACAUACAGGCCCCGCCCCCUCCCCUCCAGGCCCCGCCCCCUCCUCUCCAGCUGCGGGCUCUGGAGCGCCAGCUGCAGGUGUUGAGGGGCGUGGCCCAGCAGGAGGCGGAGCCUGACUCUCUGAUCCAGUUCCAGGACGCCGCCUUCCCGCUGGACGAGGAUCUGGUGGCGUCCUCCAAAAAGAAGAAGAAGAAGAAGGCGGCGGCGGGUCGCGGCGAGCACCGCGUGGUAGGGACGCCGGACAAGGACGAGCCAGUCAGCGCCACCGGCUGCCCGGGCUGCGGCGCCCUGCUGCACUGCGUGGCGCCGGCCGUGCCCGGCUACCUGCCCAGCGAGAAGUUCAAGCAGUUGCGGGGGGCGGGGCUUCUGGGCGGCGGCGCCACGUGUCAGCGCUGCCACCUGCUGACGCACCACCGCACGGCGCUCAGCGUGGAGCUGAGCCCGGAGGAGUACCGCGGCGUGGUGCGGAGGCUCCGCCCCCUGAAGGCGCUGGUGCUGCUGGUGGUGGACCUGCUGGACGUCCCGGACGCCAUCGUCCCCGACCUGCCCGACCUGGUGGGCGCCAACAAGCAGGUGGUCGUCCUCGGCAACAAGGUGGACCUGUUGCCGGGCGACGCCCCCAACUACCUGCAGCGCCUCCGCAGGCAGCUGGCGGCGUUCUGCCGGGACGCCGGCUUUGGGGAGCAGGUGACCGGCGUGCACCUGAUCAGCGCCAAGACGGGCUACGGCGUGGAGGCGCUGAUCUCCAGCCUGCAGCGCUCCUGGCGUUACCACGGCGACGUCUACCUGGUGGGCGGGGCCAACGCCGGCAAGUCGACGCUGUUCAACACGCUGCUGGAGUCGGAUUACUGCAAGUCCAACGCCACGGACGCCAUCCACAGGGCCACCAUCUCCCCCUGGCCCGGGACGACCCUGAACCUGCUGAAGUUCCCGAUCAUCAACCCGACUCCUCACAGAUUAUUCAGACGUCAGCAGCGUCUGGACGAGGACGAGAGACAGACGGAGGACGAGCUGUCCCCCGAAGAGCUGCAGAGACUGAGACACUUCAGCCAGCAGGGAUACCUCGUGGGUCGUGUUGGGAGGACGUUCCGUCCUGGUUUCAGGUCCAGACCUAAUGAGAUCCAGUUUGAUCCGGACAGUUUGGCGUUUGGAGAAAAAGACGAAGAAGAGACAAAGACAGGUGACCCCUCAGCUGCCGGGGGACCAGCUGGUCUGAGCCACAACGAGACCAAGGACGCUCACUGGCUGUUCGACACGCCGGGCAUCAUGAAGGACCGAGACAUCCUGCGUCUGCUGACAGAACAGGAAGUGAUGUCAGUGGUUCCGACCAAGGCGCUGGUCCCCAGAACCUUCGUGUUGAGGCCCGGAACCAGUUUACUACUGGGAGCUCUGGGACGCAUCGACUUCCUGCAGGGGGCCAUGUCCUGCUGGUUCUCCGUCCUGGCCUCCAGUCUCGUCCCCGUUCACAUCACCGGUUUGGACAAAGUGGACGCCGUCUAUGAGAAGCACGCGGGACACGUCCUGCUGGGGGUUCCUCUGGGAGGGUUGGAGAGGAUGAAGGACUUCCCUCCGCUCGUCCCCCAGGACGUCCUGCUGGAGGGACGAGGUUACCUGGAGGCAGCCGGGGACAUCACAAUGUCCUCUGCAGGCUGGGUGGCGGUGACGGCGGCGGCAGGUGUCCAGGUGUCUCUGAGGGUCCACGGUCCGGCGGCGGCGGGUUUCGGCGUGAGGACGCCGUCCCUGCUGCCUCACGUCGUGUCUCUGAAGGGCGAGCGGGUCAGGAAGUCUCCGGCCUACAGACCGCUGAGGACAGAGGGACGCCUGGACGGGGGACUGUCCCCCACCGGGACCCAGAGGCUCAACGUCGAGAAGAAGAAGAAGAAGAAGAAGAAGAUGUGAAGACACACUGAGGACAGACGGAGGACACAAGACUGAUAGAAGACAGGGGACAUAUAUUGUCCCGUCAGUCAGAGUGUUGGAACGCCCCCCGGACACUGAGCUGUGAUGUUUCUAUAUUUUGAACUGAAUAUUUCUGACCUGUGGAAUAUUAAUUACUCUUUAUUUAAACAUGUUGGUUUGUUUAUAAUAAAUAACAAAACAAAUUGAGUUUGAAAAUGUUUAUUAAAAAAUCAGAAUAAGGUGAAAGAUUAAGUGUUACAGAUCUCUACAGACAGAUUAAUGAUCUAAUAACUGAAACAUCAUAAAUCAAACUUUGAUUCUUCAGUUAAAGUGUAAAAACAGUUUAAUGUGUUGAAACAGGAAGCUGAUAAACAUAUUUCAUCAUUUCACUGAGUUCAGAUUUCAUCUCAGAGUUUUUCGUCACUUUGGCUUCUAAACAAACAUCAAAUAUCAAAUAUUGCACAGAAAUAUUUACAGAGUUUAAGUGGAACAUGGAGAUAAAAUAAAGUGAUUAUUAACCGUCAGAACUGGAGAUCAGCUGAUUGUCGAAGGCACCGAAA